GGCGCUGCUACAAAGAGCGGCGAGCCGGCGGCGGGGCAGGAGCUUCAGUCCGCGUUUGUUGCGCUUCGUGGGCUCCGACGGCGGCUCCGCGCAGCGCGGGAGGGAGAUCUCAUUCUUUUCAGAGUGAAACGCUUGGCAACCUCUUCCUUCUGUGUAACCAUGAGGUUCCUGUGUAACCCGACCUUGUUGUGGCUGCCAGUAUGCUAGAGAUCAGCCUGCAUCUGUAAAUGAAUGACGUUUACUUUCAAGGAUCUGGAUGCACUGUUGAAUGCUGAUGUGUUGAAUUAACUGAAUCCUAUGCUUUAUUUCUUACUUUAAAAAUGCCUGAAGAAAAGUAGAGGAUUGAGAAUUUUAAGUUACAGAUCUUUGAGGUUGCAUGUCUGGUUGGACUUGAUGCAUGAAAUUUGCAUGACUCCUAAUACGGUCAUAUUUCUGGACUUGUCAGUGAGCAGACAUGGCCUACACAGCGAAUAUUAAUGGAAAUAACUCAGAAAAAGAGGAGAGUCAUCUAAAUGGAAAAGAUGAAAAAGAACAGAAAGAUCCCUAUUUUGUGGAAACUCCUUACGGCUACCAGCUAGAUUUAGAUUUUCUCAAGUAUGUGGAUGAUAUACAAAAGGGAAACACCAUAAAAAAAUUAAACAUUCAGAAGAAGAGGAAAUUAGUUCCAACUUUUCCAGGUACCAAGAACUCAAGUGUCCAGUACAGUGGAUGGACCUCAACUGAGUCCCUCUCUUCCUCGAACAGUGAUGAAAAUAAGCAGUCUUUCCUUGCAGCGAGGAGUCAAGUAGUGUCAUCUGCCACUGCAAGGCCUUCUGUUUCUUUUGAAGCAUCCCCUGCCUUCUUAACCAUCCCUGAGAGUAAACAACUUCCUCCUCCUUCACCACAGCUUCCUAGGCAUAACUUUCAUGUAACAAAAACUCUCAUGGAAACACGGAGAAGACUAGAACAGGAAAAGAUAAUGAUGCAGGUGACUCCAGGGGAUGUCCGCCGGCCCAGGCUUUCCAGCUUUGGAGGUCUGGGCUCAGCAAGCUCUCUUCCUUCCUUUGUAGGAUCCAGCGGGCACAAUCAGGUGUCUCAGCAGCUUCAAAAUGGGUGUCAGGGCAAUGGAGACUACAAUGUCUAUCUUGGGUCCUCCUUGAACAGCUCCAUCCGUCAUAGCCCAAUGAGUUCUGGAAUAUCAACACCUGUGACUAAUGUCAGUCCAGUGCAUCUGCAGCAUAUCCGGGAACAAAUGGCAGUUGCUCUCAAACGUCUCAAAGAACUCGAGGAACAAGUUAAAACCAUUCCUGUGCUCCAGGUCAAGAUUUCAGUAUUACAGGAAGAGAAAAGACAGAUGGUGGCAGAACUCAAAAGCCAAAGAAAGCCCAGUCAGAAUGAAACAUAUGGCUUCAGAAAGCGAUCAUAUAGUGCAGGGAAUGCAGAGCAAUGGGAACAUCUGUCUCAGGUUAGAAGAGGUGGAGAAUUGUACAUAGACUGUGAGGAAGAUGUGGAGCAUGUAGAGCAGAGCUCACAGAGGAUAGAGGAGUUUAGGCAGUUGACUGCUGAAAUGCAGGCACUGGAGAAAAAAAUCCAGGACAGCAACUAUGAAAUCCCCUCUAAUCUUCGUAUGAACAGGGAUAGUCUAGCAAGAGAAAGCAGGUCUGUUGCUGUGGGGGCUGAUGAAAAUAUGAACGAUGUGGUCAUAUAUAAUAGAUCUUCCAGACAAUGCAGAGAGGUAGCUGUGGGAACAGAGAAACAAAUGAGAGAUUCUGGGGUUGGGGUGACCGAAGGCUUGCUUGGUGUGACAACAGAAGCAGAAAAAGAAAUAGAGCUUCAGCAACAGACAAUUGAAGCCCUUAAGGAGAAGAUCUACAGACUUGAGGUUCAGUUAAAAGAAACAACUCAUGAUAGGGAAAUGACCAAAUUAAAGCAAGAGCUGCAGGCAGCUGGUUCAAGGAAAAAACUGGAUAAAGCUGUGAUGACUCAACCCCUUGUUUUCAGCAGAAUGGUGGAAGCUGUUGUCCAAACAAGAGACCAAAUGGUAGGCAAUCAUGUGGAUGUUACGGAUUCAUCCGUGGGGACUUAUCUACAAGUGAGCAGUGUUGGAACAUCAUGUAGACCUGUUGUGAGGAGUACAGCUGUGGGCCCCGAACUGCCAAUGAAUCGAUGGCUUGUGAAGGAGAGACCAGAAUUGUGUGACCAGUGUACUGGGAGGUCCAUAGAGAAGCACGAUAAGUGUGUGGGCAUAGAAAUGAGUGUUUGCGAAACUGGCAUCAACACAGAGGAGUCUGUGGACAGUUUGAGCCUUUGUAAGACAGAACAGGAGAUCAAAGAAGUACGAUCAAUAGGCUGUGGAGAUUGUUCAGUGAAUGUGAUUGUUUGUCCCCCAAAGGAGUGCAUGUCCCGUGACACGAACACAGAGGCGAUAUGUAAAGUAGAGGCUACAGUAAUGGCAGUGCCUCACACUGCUACCCAGCAAACUGGUACAGUAUUGGAGGUGGUAAACCAGUUCACCAGUACAGAAACAGUUUCUCUGAUGGAUUCCAGCACAAACACUGUUUGGAGUGCUUAUGACAAACAGACUAACACUGUGAACGUGGAGACGAGGACUGUGGCAGUAGGAGAUGGUAGGGUAAAGGAUAUCAAUGCAUCCGUUAAAACUCGUUCUGUAGGAGUGGGGACCUUGCUUUCUAGUUACUCUAGCUCUGAAAAGCCUUCUGUUGUAAAGACCAAAGACUGUGGAAUAGGACAGAUAAACAUUAAUGAGAACUAUUUAGUUGGUCUUAAAAUGAGAAAUAUUGCUUGUGGUCCCCCUCCACCAUCGGUCGUGCCAGCCAGUACCAGAAGUGUUGGAGUUGGAGAUGAACCUGUGUAUCAGUCAGUGAGUGCUUUAGUGGAAAGUUCUCUCCCUCCACCUGAAAUGAGGACGGGUAUAGAUCACUAUAUUGAGCGUGUACAGAAGCUGCUACAGGAACAGCAGAUGCUGCUUGCUGAAAACUAUAGUGAACUGGCAGAAGCUUUUGGAGAGCCUCACUCACAAAUUGGUUCUCUCAACUCUCAGCUUAUCAGCACCCUUUCGUCCAUCAAUUCUGUCAUGAAAUAUGCAAGUACUGAGGAACUACGGAGUUUAGACUUAGCUAAACAACAGCGUAUGGACAAAAGUGCUAUAACAGAUGCUCCUCUGGAGUACAUCCCUCACGGUCAGCUUGCUAAUAAAUAUUUGACUUCAAGCUCACAAACACUGAAAUUUGAACAAGAUGUUGGGACCGUCCAUGAAGAGAAGAUUACUGUGAUAGACACAGGACUGGGAAGAAGAUCCUCAUCUUCUGAGGAUGAUGCAGUACCUCCAUUUAAUUUAACAGAUGACCAGCUGGCCUCUGGCCUUUAUGUGUGUACAAACAGUGAAAGUACAUUGAAAUCCAUCAUGAAGAAAAGGGAUGGGAAAAAAGAUUCAAAUGGCACAAAAAAGAACCUGCAAUUUGUUGGUAUAAAUGGAGGAUAUGAAACCACAUCAAGUGAUGAGUCUAGUUCAGAAGAGAGUUCUUCAGAAUCUGAUGAUGAGUGUGAAGGCAAUGAGUAUUCCCACAAAGAGGAAGGAUCCAGCCUACCUAAUAUGGAAGAAGGGCAUUCUAAGAUUAACAUCGAAGAUAGCUGUUCUGUCCAGGUGGAAGAGGAGUCUCAGAAUGAGCCUGAAAAAUUGGAAACCAGAGAGAGGUAUGAAUUGAGUGAAAAGAUGUUGUCUGCAUGUAAUCUGCUCAAAAAGAACAUAGAUGACUCCAAGGCCAUGGCCACCAAAGAUAUGAGAUUUUGUUUAAAUACCAUCCAACAUGAAUGGUUCCGUGUAUCAAGUCAGAAGUUAGCUGUUCCUGAAAUGGUUGGAGACUACAUCGCUGCUUUUCGAGAGGUGUCUUCCACUGUUCUCAGACACAUAAUCAAUAUGGCAGAUGGAAAUGGGAACACAGCUCUCCAUUACAGCGUGUCACACUCUAACUUUGAAAUUGUAAAGCUGCUUUUGGAUGCAAAUGUCUGCAAUGUAAAUCAUCAGAACAAGGCUGGGUAUACCCCCAUCAUGCUCGCUGCUCUUGCAGCUGUGGAAGCAGAGAAAGACAUGAGAAUAGUGGAAGAGCUUUUUGGCUGUGGAGAUGUCAAUGCUAAAGCCAGUCAGGCUGGCCAAACUGCGCUGAUGCUGGCAGUAAGUCAUGGACGGAUAGACAUGGUUAAAGCUCUCUUGGCCUGCGGUGCAGAUGUCAAUAUCCAAGAUGAUGAGGGCUCUACUGCCUUAAUGUGUGCGAGUGAGCAUGGGCAUGUGGAAAUAGUGAAACUCUUGCUGGCUCAGCCUGGCUGUAAUGGCACCCUGGAGGACAAUGAUGGCAGCACAGCACUUUCAAUAGCCCUAGAAGCUGGACACAAGGACAUAGCAGUUCUUCUUUAUGCUCACGUAAACUUUUCCAAAACCCAGUCACCGGGCACACCUCGGCUUGGCAGAAAGACGUCUCCAGGACCUACUCACAGAGGCACAUUUGAGUAGUGAUUCAAGAAUCUAAUAAAUCUGAAUGCCAUCUCUAAGCUGCUAAUUGUUACUGUUUUACAGAGACAGAUACUGAAUGUAAUUGUCUUGUGCCUGAACUCACCAGCAAAGUGAAAGCAGAAACAUAGUGCUAAAGGUAGAAAACUGUAAACUUGAAUGUGUACAGCAGACAGUAGUCAGCUAAUAACAUUGGCCAGAGCUGCUAUCUUGCUCAUGAGUGCAUUCUUGUACACAUCAGCUGAAAUCCUGUUUUUCCUUGCUGUAGAGUCUCUUCUGUUAUGUUACAUAUAGUUUAGGUACUUAAGCUAUCCACACAAGUAUGAAUAUAUGUAUUUUUUUCUUUUGGAAAAAUGUAAUGUUCUCAAUGGCAUAUUUUUAAUUAUUCUCUAAAAUAUUUAUAUUUCCUGUACACAGACUUGUUGGCAAUAACCCUCUUCAUAAACUUCAUUCCAGAAUGGUUUUGAAAUAUUUUAAUUGUUUUAAAAUAUGAAAGUUGCAGUUGAUUUAUGUAGUCAAGCUCCUUGAAACUUGGGCUGGUGGGUUGAUGGUCUGAAAUUAGCUCAGUAAGUUGUUACUGAUUGGAUGUAUUGUAUAACUUUUAUAUUAAAGAUAAUAGUAUCUAUAAAAUUAAGUCGCACAGUAUUUUCGACAUUUUAUACUCCUUAGUAAUUAAAAAGCGACAUGAAGAAUUACAUGUACUGUUACCAUAUUUUUAUUAACUGUAUGUCAAUGUCCACUUGAUCCAUUCAUCAUGUUUAUUGGAGAGUAAGAUUAAGGCUACCAGCUGUAUAUUCCUCUCUAAUGGAACUGAAUGUGGUUCUCGGUGCAUAUUUAUGGAAUGCUAUUACCUUGUCACGUUCACUUUAGUCAUAUGAAUUUAAAUGUUUGAAGUGCCUUAGCCUCUUGCCAUGUUUUCAGAAUAAAAUUUCAUCAUGCUAUUUUA